AUGUUCGCCUCCGGAGAGGCGAUGGCGACGGCGCCCCUGAGCCAGGAGUCUCACCUGCUGUCCCCGGAGACCUCUGCUGCUGGCUCGGAUAAUGGCCAGCUGGAGGAUCUCAGAAGGGAGACUUUCUUUAGGCUUGACGAGACGGAGCUCAUUCCACCUGCGACUGAAGCAGCAGCAGCAGCAGCAGCAAAGAGGGCAGCACCCACUCCUUCGCAUCGCCAGCAAACGUCUCUAAAGACACCUUCCUCUCUCCCCAACCCCAGAAUCUGCAGCACGUCUGCAAGCAAGAGUCAGAGCACAUCGCUGCAAGCCUCACAGCCACCCAGCAAAAGCAAAUCCAAAACCGUCAAGAUGAAUUCAAAGGAAGCCCUGUCGGCCUCACGCCGCGCGGCACCGAUCAACGUCCAGAUCGUCCGCGUUUCCUCGCCUCCUCCGUCCUCCUCGUCAUUAUCAUCAGCGACCCACAUGGCCAACGGCCGCACCCUCCAAGACGGCCACGCCUUCACCAUGAACCUCCUGCCCAUGACCAAGAUCAAGGAGCUCUGCUUGCACGCGGCCGGCCACGCGCGGCGGCACUUCGACGCUGUGCUGGACGGAUCGCGUUUCGAGGCGCGUGACAAGGACGGAUAUGUCUUUCAAGGGCAUGAAACUAUGUCGGAGGAGAUUCUUAGUGGGGAGACUAUUUACCUGGUUGAGAACGGGUUGGAUGCGCGGGGUGCGGCGAAGGUGGUGCGAAGCGGUGGAAAACGCAAGACCAGCAGCAGCAGGGAGAGGGGCAGGCUGCUUUGUCUGAAAAGCUUGGAUCUUGAGGAGGAUGAGAUGAAAACCCCUUAUCGUACGCCCUCGGUUUCGUCCAGGGCAUCGUCUUCGCGGGGCGGGUCCAAGGAGGACAAGGCUGAGCCCAAGAUGACGCCUUCACAGAAGGCGCUGGCUAUUGCCCAGAGGGGACGGGCGCCCAGAGCCCAGGAGCCGAUUGUCGAGAAAAAGGUCUCUGCAACUUCUGCUGCGAGGAGGAGCUUGCCCUCACCAGGGGAGAUCGACGACUUGAAAGUCGCUGCCUCAACACCAAGCACCUCAGCCCCACCACAACUACCGCUUCAACCAACACAGCGACCAGUCCCACCCAUUCUCGAGGAUUCCCAAAUUGUCAUACCAGACUCACAGGAUCCAUUUUCUCAAGGGGUAUUCUCCCAGCAAUCAAUCGAAUCCCAUCAUCCCGAUCAUACAGACCUUGAGUCCAUGCCUAAGGCGUCUGACGCGUUCAAAGCGCGAUCGCGUUCUCCGCGCGUCAAGGCUCCUGUCCAGCCAAAACUCUCGAUAUCGAGGUCAGAUCCAUACGACAUCAGCAGCGUACUUUCUGAUGAGGACGAGCUUUCAGAUGAAAGAAACAACAUCGUCAACACCAGCACCAAGAUGUCGUCGUCGGUACGAAAAUUAGGCAGCUCGGCCACCAAGCAUCCAGCUGUCGCGCCGCCACCUGUGUCGCUUCCAUCGCCAAGUCGUCUGGCAUCAUGUUCGCAUGCCAACAAGGCAGCAGCCCCCGAUGCCAACAGCAAGCCGUCGACUCCGAGCAAGAAAGCUACACCUAUCAAAGCGGACCCGUCGUCGCCUGCGGGGCCGUUGCCGUCGUCGCCAACCAUGCGAAUCGCCGCUGCUCAGGGACGACAGCAUACCCUCGGAAAGACCAGGCAACCGCAGCUUCCCAGCCCUGGCCAACUUGUGAUCCAUGUCCCGUCUGAUUCUUCCGACGAGGCUGAUGCUUUGAUUGACGAGGUUUUUCGCGAACAGUCUAGCUCGGCUCCAGCGCCCUCUCUGCCAUGGUCUGCGCCUCCUCUGCGUGCAGCGCAGGAUGAACUGAAAGACGCUGAGAGACAUGCGCAAGGCCGCCGGGGCUCGGCGAGUAGUACGGCUGGAGAGGUCAAGUACGGGACGUUGAUGGUGGACAAAGUGUCCAGUCCACGCAAUUCUCCCAAGAAGCCUUCAAAGAUGUCGAGUCCUGGAAAGAUGCCAGUCCCAUCUCCGGGCAGGAAGUCGAGUCAGAGUAGCCCUGUCAGAUCUUCCAUUAUCAAAAGCCCCUCUAAGAAGGAAGAAGCCACCAUCGUUCACGACUCAUCCAGCGCAGAAACAAGCAGCGAAGAAAACAUUCCGAUCAUAGAAAUGGAAACCAGCAGUGAGGAAGACAUCUUGGUCAAAAGGGAGCCGAGUAGCGAGGAAGAUAUUUCGCGGAAAAGGAAGUUGGCAGCUAUUCCUGCCUCUCCGAAGAAAUUGGACAAAGAACAGCAGCCCGUGGUGAUUGAAGUAUCGUCAGGCAGCGACUCCGAUAUUGAGCCUUCCAUAGACAUCCUAGAGGACGACGAGGCUGAGCUUCCAAGUAUCGACGUCAAGCUGGCCACAAAUAUGAACGACCUCCCUUCCUCAGCCAAGCGAUCGCCCUCGCCGAAAAGCCUGAAAGCAGAUCCUAUCAAGCCUGAGGUAGUUCACAAGGAAGAGCCACCACUAUUGGUUCAGGCUAGCAAGCGCAAGCGCUCUGCCACCGAGGAUUGCAAAGACGAAGAGCGCGAGAGGAAGAGGUUCAAAAAGGAGGCCAAAAAGAUCAAGAAAAGGGAGAAGAAGAUCGCCGCGCUACAGGAGAAGAGAAAGAAGUAUGCGCUCGAGGAGGCUCACCGCCGUGCGUUAGAGCUCGAGAUGGUCGUAUCGUCGCCUAUCAAACGGGAGUCAAGUAUUGCGCCUGGCGAGGAAGCCGACGAUGAUGACAGCGGCCUUGGCUCGAGUGCGUACGGCGACGAUACAAAUGGAGAUGCGGAUGCGGGCCAUGCGGGCGUCCUGUUAGAUGGAGACGAUAAGAACGACUCCUUGUCGAGCAAGGAGGCUGGGGAUCAAGGCCCUUCAUGGCGCAAGCUGAGCAAACGGCAUCUCUCGUCGCCUGAGAGCAGCCAGGACAACACUGGCCGAAACAAGGCCCAUCAUCUUCCAACCUCUACCCCGGCCAUCAUCGAAGCACAGCUACAACAGUGCGUCGAGGAGCGGUUUCACCGUAUGCCGUUUGACGACUGGGCGUUCCUCGAGAGCACACUUGGACAGGGUGCUGGGUGCGGUUACUCGCCGCUUGAAGUGCACAACCGCGUCCACUUGGACAUGGUACAUCGAGCACAACAUUCCCCGCUGCAUACAUCAGGCGAGAGACCGCUAGAAGAGACAACACAAGACAAGGAGGAAUCCGACAUGAUGCAUGCUUCACGCCAGGCUGAGGCCAUGGCUUCUACCCCCGGUCCUAUCGAGCGUUCCCAUUCUCAGCGCUCAGGAGCACCGUCGCCAAAGAAGCAUGGUAAGAGAGAGAAGAGGGUGGGGGCAAAGACUCAUCGCAGGCUGGAGAAAGAAAGGGCGAGGAAGAAGCAGCGUGAGGGCAAGGCUAACGGCCGGUACCAUCAUGACUUUCGGGGCUCGCGUGCUGGCGGCAAGAGGAAGCAGAAGCAUAGGCAGAAGGGUCACUGA